GCAGCUGAUCGUUGUUAUUCAAUUGUUAUUGAUUGUUAUGUUGUUAUUAUUUUUCUAAUACGCAUUGCGUUAAAGUUUAUUUUUUUCGAUGUAUUUUACUGUAGUGAACCAUUGAAUAUAGUUAACACGUAAGAUGGAUGUAAAUCACUUAUCUCAGAGUAAUCUACGCGUGGGAUAUCCCUAUAUAAUCGGAUAUAUGAGCGUAGAUGUGCGACGCGAGUUUCACCAUGACCUAUCUCAAUUAAAAUAUUUAACAACAAUACCAAAAAGAAGAAUACAAUAUAAUUUAAAUCAUAAUAUCGAAAAGGCUGUAAAACGUACAACUGACGGCAGCAAUGAAAAGAUAUCACUAAUGUUAAGGUUUCUCCUAAACCAAAGAUACCGCUUAGAUUUUUUGAACAAUCCAACUGGAACAACAUUUAUUACAUACCGUAGAACUUUAAUUAGUGUAAUGACCAGUAUAUAUAGUCGUGAACCAGUAAGCAUUAUUGCAAGCCUACUCAACAAUUGCAUUUACUUAUGUUCUGUAGAGAGCACAGAAUCAUUGAAAAAUUCAAAUACUUCAUGUGAUCAGAAUGCCAAGUUUUGUGCCUGGGGUUAUAAAUUUGAACAAUAUAUGCUAUCAGAUUUGCCAGUAAAAGUACCUAACAUAGAGAAACCUGUUAUUGAAAAUGAGGAAUUUUCAAUUUACUUCAGCUCUCAAUUGGGAAAGCACAGGUUGUUUUAUGGAGCCCAAAUUGAUGGAAUGUUAGCUAAACAAAAUGCAUCAGGACCUCCAAAGACAAGUGAUGUUGAUGCAAAUUUGACAUAUUUGAGGAAUGCUGAUUUUGUUGAGUUGAAAACGAAUAGAGAGAUACACAACCCAAGACAAGAAAAAAACUUUAAAAAAUACAAAAUGCUGCGAUGCUGGUGUCAAUGCUACCUGGCUGGUCUGAAGGGAUUACUUGUGGGAUACAGAAAUGACGAGGGCAUUAUUCAUAGAGUGCAGUGGUUCGACACUGAGGAUAUUGUGCGAUACUGUCGGGACGAAUGGAAACCACAAGUAGCCAUUGACAAUUUAGUUCACUUUCUGUCUUAUGUAGAGAACUGUUUCAAGUCUUUGAAAACAACUUCUAAAGACGAUUUCGCGUCCAAAGAACCGCUAACGUUAAAGUUCGAUAUCGAUGCUCAGCAGAAAAUCACCGUAAGCAAGGAUAUCUACGAAGAACAUGUGAUACUACCAAGUUGGUAUGUUAACAAUAUCCGCGCUCACUUAUAAAUUGUAUUUUUUAAUAUGCCUUUGCAAUAUAUUACAGACAAAUUA